AUGAAUAUAGAAAAAUAUACCCUGCAGUCGAUACGGCAAGAAUUAAUUGACAACAAUCUACAGGCAAAGGCCAUCAUACAGGACAUUAUAACAUAUCGCGGAUCAAUACAAGAACUGGAAGCCCUCAAUGAAGCGGGUCGUGCAAAAUUGGCAGCGCUAAGGAAAAAUAUUGAUCGUCUAAAUGAUUGGGCUCGUGAUACCGGUGAUCCGGCGCUAUCCAAAGAAGUCGAUACCCAAAGAGAACAAUUCUCCAAAGUUUUGCAAGCAUUUCGUAAGGCCAAUGUGGCCACCAUGUUGGAAAUUGAAAAGGCCAAUCGUGAGGAGUUGAUGGCCAUAACAGGGGAGACCGAUUUGCGGCAACGCCACACAGCUGGAACAGCGACACGUCACAAUCGCGGUAGUUUGGUUACCCAGGAAAAUAAUGUAACCGAAAAAAUGCUGGCCAUAUCACGGCAUCUCUCCGAGACAACACAGAAGAGUGCCAUUACAUUGGAAAAUCUUGUGGCUUCGUCUCAGAAUGUCGAGGCCACACGAGACGAGUUGACAAAUACGGCCGGUACCAUUUCCCAAUCGGGCAAACUAUUAAAGAAAUAUGGACGUCGCGAAUGUACCGAUAAAAUGUUAUUAUUCUUUGCAUUUGCAUUCUUCUUAGCCUGUGUCUUUUACAUCAUUCACAAGAGAUUGUUUUAA